UCCUCUCCCGACAUUUCCCAUGAGGGCAAUCGGUGGGCAAACGCUCCGUGGGCGCGGGGUGCCGCGGGAGUUGUAGUCCCAGCGGGCAGAGGCUUGCAGAGUCUCCGGAAGUCGAGGUCGUGUAGAGCCGGCUCGGGGUAGCGGGACUACAGACGCCGGGGCUCUGCUCCCGCGUCAGGUCAUGAACGGGCCAGCGGAAGGCGAGGUGGACUACAAAAAGAAAUAUCGGAACCUGAAGCGGAAGCUGAAGUUUCUCAUCUACGAACACGAGUGCUUCCAGGAGGAGCUCAGGAAGGCGCAGAGAAAAUUGCUGAAGGUGUCCCGGGACAAGAGUUUCCUUCUUGACCGACUUCUGCAGUACGAGAACGUGGAUGAAGACUCUUCUGACUCAGAUGCCACUGCGUCUUCAGAUAACAGCGAGACAGAGGGGACACCCAAGUUGUCAGACACUCCAGCCCCCAAGAGGAAGAGAAGCCCUCCGCUGGGGGGUACCCCCUCCCCGUCCAGCCUCUCCCUGCCUCCUUCAACAGGGUUUCCCCUUCAGGCCUCUGGGGCCCCCUCCCCAUACCUGAGCUCGCAGCUGGCCUCCCCUUCCUACCCCCCAUUCCCUUCUGACUACCUGGCCCUGCAGCUGCCCGAACCCAGCCCCCUGAGGGAGCCCAGCCCCCUGAGGCCCACGCGGCAGAAACGGCCUCGCCUGCCCCGGAAACUGAAGAUGGCGGUGGGAACCCCCGACUGCCCUGUGGGAGGGCCGCUGACCUUUCCAGGUCGAGGUGCUGGGGCUGGGGUGGGGGCAGCCCUGGCCCCACUGCCCCCUCCCAAGAUGCCCCCCCACACCAUCCUGAGCACCGUCCCUCGGCAGAUGUUCAGUGACGCUGGCAGCGGCGAUGACGCCCUGGAUGGGGAUGAUGACCUGGUGAUCGACAUCCCGGAGUGACCUGGCACCUGUGCCCUGCCCAUGGUCCCCCGGCCCCCCACUGUGCUAGCACACAUGAGCCCCCAGCUUCCUCAGAGACAUUUAUUGACACCCAGUUGCCAUGCUUCGGCCACUGACACAGUCAGAAAAGGCGUAAACAUGCAGAAAUGUCCCCUGGGAACGUAGGCCCUGAGCAGGGCUGGCAGGGCCCCCUGUCCUCACACCCCGGCCCCAUCCGGGGGGACAGUUAUUUAUUUAAACGAGUGGCCUGGGAGCACCUGCCACCUCUUGGGCAGGCAGAGACCUUGUGGCGGCCACCCAGAAGAGGGCAGCUUCCAGGGCUAAGUGUUAUAAUGAAGACUGUAUUAAAGGGGUGGCUCUUCUUUGUUUUUUUUUUUGUCCUUUCUUUUUUGGAAAGCUCCUCUUCCUCUAAGCCUCCCCUAAUCUGACCUCCUCCCUAUUGGGAAGGGGACAGGCAGCCUGGAGAGGCAGGAGGGAGGAGUGGGCAGCGGGCCUCAGGGCAGGGGGCACUGGCAGGACUCCUCCUGCACAGGUGCCAGGAGGGGUGGCUUGCAUAUUUGCGUAUCAUAGCGAGUCAGGCAGGAGGAAGUUUGCAUAUGUGAAUAUAGAUCUCCACAGUCCCUCAAAGGAAGACAGGCCCACAGGUCACGGAGAUUCUCACAAAGUAAGACAGAAAGUGCCGGGCAGGCACACCCCACCCCGUGUAAACGUGCAACACACUCGUGCAAAGGUCGGGUGCUGGACGCAGCCCCAAGGGCUCUGCUGGGCCGCCCAGCCAAGUAUUGGGAGCAGCUAUGCUCAGGCUGAGGGGAGAGCCCCGGCUGCCGGGGGCAGCUCACUUGUCAAGGUGUGCCAGCGCUCCAGGACUCUGUCCGGCUGCUGCAGGCAGUCGCCCCAGUGUUUCCUGGCCUCCCCCCGGGCGCCUGGCCCCAGUGACACGCCACCUGGGGAGCAGGUAGAGGCAGGCAACAUCAGGGCCCAGCUUACUGCCAGAAGGCCCUUCAUCAGCACCACCCAGCUGGGUUCCUCCCCUCACCAAUGAAGUCGUUGGAUUUGCCAAUGUCGUAGUCCCACACUGUGACCUCCAGAGUCUUGGUAGCCAGAGCAGAGAGCUCUAUCUCAUAGAAAAACUCCUGGGGAAAAGGCAAGCCACACCUUCCAUCAGGCCCUGGCCCUCUCUGCCCCCCACGCACCUCAUUUUCUGGCCCCUGCCCCACUUACCUCAUUGAACUCUGGGUUUAGGGUCUUCUUCUUCACACACGUUUUAUGCUUGGAUUUCUUAUCCACAUCUGGCCUCAGGUACCUGGGUGAGGGGGAGCUGUGAGGGAGGGCCCAGCUUCCAGCGGAUGGGGCAGGGGUCAGGCUUCCCAGGGAGGAGAGGGUGGCCUCAGGGCAGGGCAAGGGCUCACGUCUUGACGUAGGGGUCUGAGUAGCCGUUGACAUCCAUGGCAGCCAGGUGGGCACAGCGCACAAUGCCCACCAGCAGCCCCCGGCGCCAGGAGCUGUAGCUGAGACUCAGCAGGAUACGGCCACGCUCCUCUAGCAGCCCCGAUCCCUGCUGCGCCUGCUCCAGCUGCAGGGGGGCAGGACAGGGCUCACCGGGGCCCUCCGCUACCCACCCCCCCACACGUGGUCUCUGAGGUGCCUCACCUCCUUCAGGUAACAGGAGAUGCCUCUCAGUGCCGCCGACAUGGAAGAGGGUGAGGCCAACUGAGGGCAAAGAGAAGAUGCUGGACACUGGGCCUUCCCAGCGCCCCCACCCCUUGGCAUCUCUGCAACCCCCCUCUUCCCCACAGACCGGGACCUGGCGUUCAAGACAGAUAUUAAAGUGCUUCUUCUGGGAAGGCUUGAGGCGGCGGAGGGGCACGCGGGUCUCCCCGAUGUACUCGUUGUGGCUCAGCUUGUCCUCAUCACAGACGGAGAUCCUGGCGGGGAACUGCAGGGUCAGGGCCCCCGGGGCUACCUGAGCCCUGCAGCAGUGUGGGAGAAAGGCCCUCGGGCUGCCCUGAGAAGCCCAGGCUGGUCCCAGCUCUGCCCUAAAUGCACCACAUGGCAGCUGUAAAAUGGGCUUCCUCACAAGGGCUGCACAGCGAGCACCAGGCCUGGGGGCUUGAGAAGGACAAUUUGCCCCUGUAUCUCCGUCCCUCCCCUUUGGGCUGCCCUUGGUCCAUCAGGCCCUGGUCAGCUCCUCCAGGAAACCCCCUUCAUUCAGGGCCUGGGGGCAGGAUCCCACGGAGCCUGCAGCCUGCAUUGAUGAAAGGGGUCACAGAUUCAUUCGGGAUGGAAGAGCUAGAAGGGCCUUGUCCUCUGGCACUGCUGUCCUCUCCAUAGAACAGUGAGCCCUCCCAGGAGAGACCAGGAGCCCCAAGAGGGAAAAAGUAUUGCUUUUAUUUUUGUCCAUCCCCUUCUACAGCCCUUGUGCUUCCUUUUAUUGUGACCACUCUGUUGAGCAGCUGUGUAAUGUAGCAAAAAAAAAAAAACCCAAAAAACUUGCAA